UUUCGACUCUAAAAACAAGUCAGACGUUAUGCGCAUUUGACCUUCUCCCGCCAUAGGUGCACGCUUCCUGCACCUCUGCGGGCUCCGUCAUGGGCAAUAAACCCUCUUCAGAUCAUGGAAACGCGCACCCGAGAGACGCGCCGCUCCCCACGCGUCUAGCGCCCAAGUACCCGCGUCGCAAGAAUGGAACUGGCAAUAGCAAGACCUCGCAGCCCACAGCCAGCGAGCAGCGAGCAGCUCCACCCCCACCUCAACCUCAACAGGAGCCACCUCAGGAACCCCCUCCGUCUCCAUCCAGCUCGACAGCGUCAACCCCCACCGAGGACCAAAUUAUUUCCAAUUGGAAAUUAUUUAACGACCUUGAGAACCGAGAAGAAGCUGAAGUGUUGGAGUUGUCACUGUUCUUGGACGCAUUAGUGAACUACAUUCCCGGUCUGGAUGAUGGCAAGCAGAAGCCGUCAGAGCCCCACCCCGUGUCCCAGCAGGAUAUGGGCAACAUCGACAUUGCCAACAUGUACGUGCAGGGAGACGAGCUGGACGACGUCAUCACACUCAAAAGCGUGGAAAACCUCAUCGACUCGUGUCGCAAUGGCCGCAAAAUCCCGCGUAACGUCGUGGUGCGCGUGAUCAACGAAGCCAUCGUGCUGUUCCGCAAAGAUCCGACCAUGGUGGAGUUCCAGAUCGCUCCUGCGAACCACAUUACCAUCAUCGGAGACCUGCACGGACAGCUAGAUGACUUGCUAUUGAUCCUCCGUGAGAACGGCGUGCCAUCUGAGAGCAACCCUUACUUGUUUAACGGAGACUUUGUCGAUCGUGGAGACCGCGGCGUGGAGAUCGCCAUCAUCAUUUACCUCUUCAAACUGCUAUAUCCACGUCACGUGCUGUUGAACCGUGGCAACCACGAAGAGAACUCGAUCACCCAAGUGUUUGGCUUUAUGAAAGAGUGCGAAGUCAAGUACGAUCGAUUCGUGUACGACCUUUUCUGUGAGAGUUUUCGCUAUCUCCCACUGGCCACACUCAUUGAUGACCGUGUGCUUGUGGUGCAUGGAGGAAUUCCGCGUGAGAAUAUUCCGGUUAAGGAGUUGAACACGCUGGACCGUGCUGGCUACGAUCUCACCAGGUAUCGCACGAAGCCAAAGAGCCGAAAGGAUCGUGAACCUCACCGCAAGAUGCAGAUCAUCCGCGACUUAUUGUGGAGUGAUCCGAAGGCUUCCAAGGGCUACGAAGAGAACAAACGGGGCGCUGGUACGAUUUAUGGCCCCGAUAUCGUGCAGAAGUUCAUGACCAAGAACAAAUUGGCUCUGGUUGUUCGCUCCCACGAGUGUGUUCCGCGAGGUUUCGACUGGCCAUACAAGGAGAAAGGGAUGCUGGUUACGCUGUUCUCAGCGUCGAAUUACUGCGGUAAAGCCAAUAAUCUGGGCUGCUUUAUGCGCGUGCCUUCUGGCAAGGAUAAACCUGCGUUCUUCCAGUACAUGGCGAGUGCUGAGAGUCGCGACAUGGCCGUGUCUAACCUGGAUGCACUCUUCUCGCUCAUCAUCCAGUACCGUGCGGACUUGGUAGCAGAGUUUGAGCACUUUGACCAGGAGAAAUCGGGCAAACUCACCGUCCAGACGUGGGGUACCAUCAUGGAGGACGUUUUGGACUUGUCUUUGGACUGGAAGGCUCUUCAACCCCUGUUAACUGCGUUGGACGAAGAGGGAUUGGUGCCAUACUACGACUUUUUGGACCGAUACAACGCCGAAGGAGCAGUAAAACGCACCGAGAGCGACGAGAACACUGACCCGGAGCGUGAGAAGCAACGCAGCGCCUUCAACUCGCUGUACCGUCAUCGCUCUCGUCUUGAAGCUCUCUUCCGUGUUUUGGAUCGUGACGGUAACGGUACGAUCUCUGUGGACGAGUUGGAGAACGGUAUCAAGUUGUUGAACGAGCACUUGCCACCUGGAACGAAGCCUUUUAGUACCAACGGUUUGGACUACAUGCGUAUGAUGGACUUCAGCCACGAUAAUGAGAUCAACAUCAACGAGUUCAUGGAGGGAUUCCGGAUCAACGCCAAGCUCACAGUUCACGCCAAGUGGAAACGCGCGCGUAAGAAGAUCAAGGCACUCAGUGCCAUCGGUGCAUUGCGUGGAUUCUCACUGCCCAGUAGCGCUACCGCAGCUGCAUCCGGUGGAUCGGGUGUAGUAGCCACUGUUGACGAAGCCGACGAGCUACCAGAAGCUGAACGCAACUCUCCCGUUUCGGAUCCGGAACUCAUGACAGUUCCGAAUGCGUCUGCACCACCAAAGUUUACCCGACAUGGCAGUGUACAGAUCAUCGCUCCAUCUGCGGCAGUGACUGCCCCCAUGGAUCUCAACGAGGUCGAAGUGGAUCUUGAUGAAGGAGUAGAAAUUGUUGAGGAUCGCAAGUAAAUAGCAGGGAGCAAGUUGCACAUUUUUCGCCUCAAUAUAUACCAAAGUUAUCAUGAGAUACGAAAGUACCAUCAUGAAUUCUUGGAUACAUAUAUCCAGAGUCCAGACCCCUCGUGGAUCCUAUGUAAACAAAUAUUUUUCUGCUUGUGUAA